CUUGCAAAAUUCACACUUCUGGCACAAUGACCGACAACUACAAGGACGACAGUCCAGAUACAAUUGGACCCGCGAACACACCAAAGAGGUCAUUCUCCGAGAAAGGCCGUCGUUUGGUCAAAGCCUUUACCACCAAAGAAGGCCUUGUAGGCGACUAUGACUAUGCCUUUCUGUUCAAACCUCAGCUACCUUUCAUGAAACGGGCACGACGAGCAGGUCCCUUCUUCGGUCUUAACGACAAAAUGCCAGUCUUUCUUGCCUUGCUACUAGGGUUCCAGCAUGCUCUUGCCAUGCUGGCGGGUAUCAUUACGCCUCCCAUUAUCCUUUCAGGCAGUGCCAACCUGAUUCAGGCAGACCAGCAGUAUCUGGUAUCAGCGUGUCUCAUCAUGAGCGGUAUCUUGAGCAUCGUCCAGAUUUCACGCUUUCAUAUCUGGAAGUCACCUUACUACAUCGGCACUGGCUUGAUAUCGGUCGUGGGAACAUCUUUUGCAACCAUCCCUGUUGCUACAGGUGCAUUUUCGCAAAUGUACGCCACCGGUUUCUGUCCAUCAGACGCGGAUGGUAACCCUCUGCCUUGCCCUGAUGGAUAUGGUGCCCUGAUUGCCACUUCUUGUGUUUGUGCUCUUCUUGAGAUUCUGAUGAGCUUUACUCCACCAAGAAUUCUGAAGAAGAUCUUCCCACCCCUCGUUACUGGACCCACUGUCAUGCUGAUUGGUGUAUCCUUGAUCAGCUCAGGCUUCGAGAACUGGGCUGGAGGUAGCGGUAGCUGCCUGUCUCGCCCCGAAACUGGUCUCUAUCGUCUGUGCCCCACCAUUAACGCACCUCACGCCCUUCCUUGGGGAAGCGCAGAGUUCGUCGGACUUGGGUUUCUUGUCUUCGUCAGCAUCAUCUUGACUGAGCGCUUUGGCAGUCCGAUCAUGAAAUCGUGUGCUGUUGUCAUUGGUCUUCUGGUCGGGUGUAUCGUAGCUGCUGCAUGUGGCUAUUUCGACCGCAGCGGGAUCGAUGCUGCUCCCGUUGCAAACUUCAUUUGGGUUCGCACCUUCAAGCUUCAGGUCUAUGGUCCCCUGGUCUUACCGUUGUUAACGGUGUACAUCGUCUUAGCCAUGGAGGCUAUCGGCGACAUUACCGCAUCUUGCGAUGUAUCUCGCCUUCAAGUGGAUGGACCUAUAUUCAACAGUCGUAUCCAAGGCGGUGUCCUCGCCGACGGGCUGAACGGACUUAUUGCAGGUCUCUGUACAUUGACNGCCUUGACCCGAUGCGCCAACCGAAAGGCCGGAUACGCGGCCUGCUUUUGGCUACUCAUCAUGGGUAUCCUUAGCAAGUUUGCAGCUGCAUUGGUAGCCAUCCCUUCUGCUGUACUCGGUGGCAUGACGACGUUCCUGUUCGCCUCUGUCGCGACUAGUGGUCUUCGUAUCAUCUCGACCGUCCCAUUCACUCGCCGUAACCGUUUCAUCCUCGCCGCAGCAUUCGCCCCUGGAUUUGGUGCUACUCUUGUUCCUACCUAUGUCUUCACGUACUCUGGUAGCAACCAAGCUCUACAAGGCUUCUUCAAUGCCAUUGUACUGGUUAUGGAGGAGGGUUUCGCCCUAGGUGGCUUCAUUGCCCUCAUUCUCAACUUGAUCCUGCCUGAAGAGAUGGAGGAUGAAGAUAUCCCCGAGCUGACUGCCAACACCAUCGAUGCACCGGCAGACGAGGAAGAGUGGCGACACAUUAGAAGAGAAGACGAGAGUGAGAAGAUUUCGCCUGUCAAGAAC